AUGGAGGAGGAACUGCGCUGUCCGGUGUGCAAGCAGCUCUACUCGAGUCCGGUGCUGCUGCCGUGCUAUCACGCCCUCUGCCUGGCCUGUGCCCUGGACAUUCAGACGGCUUCGUCGUCGUCUUCGGCCGCGUCCUCAGCGUCAUCCUCGUCGUCGUCAUCAUCCUCGACCGCUUCCGGUGGGGCGUCGGGGCUGGCGGCGGCGGCUCCCGUAGGCGGUAGUCACGUAGUCGGACACGUCGCACAGCUCCACCAACAGCACCCGCCAGCGCCACCGUCUUCGUCGUCAUCGUCGUCCUCAUCCACGGGCAGCUCGAGCGCCACCGAGAGCGUGUCCUCCGACCAGGACCAGGCGGACAAGGUCAGCAUUCUGAGUGAGGCCGACUCCGGCGUCAUCUGCUGCUCGCGGCCCGGUUCGUACGCUGGCACCCCGAACCUGCAGGGACUACUAUUUCCACCGUCCGGUUCCGGUGGAUCCGUCUACUCGCUUGUCUGCCCCAUCUGCCGGAAGCUGGUGUUCUUCGACGAACUCGGGGCCCGCAACUUGCCGCUGUACCGGGCAAUGGAAUCGAUCGUGGACCGAUUCUGCGAGCGGGAAGCGCUCCGCUGCCAGAUGUGCGAAACCGAACCGCCCAAAGUGGCGACCGUGAUUUGCGAGCAGUGCGAGAUCCGGUACUGCGACGCGUGCCGCGAGCUGUGCCACCCGGCCCGCGGGCCCCUCGCCAAGCACAGUCUCCUGAAGCCGCGUGGCGCCUGCCAGCUGCGGGAGUCGAUCUGCGGCGAGCACACGGAACCACUCACCAUGUACUGCAUGGGCUGCAAGCUGCCCAUCUGCAACCAGUGCAUCGGCGAGAACCGCCAUCAGUCCCACGAUCUGCAGUCCAUCACGGCGAUGUGCAAGGCCCAGAAGACUGAACUAUCCCACAACCUGCAGCAGUUAUCAGAAAAGGCGAGGUCAACAACGGAAUUCAUACAAAGACUGAAAGGAAUGAGCGAUAAAGUCACGGACACCUGCAUGGAGUUUGAACGACUUGUUACCGUACAGUGUGAGACAUUGAUUGAAGCCAUUAACGCCCGGAGGGACGUGCUUCUCGAUGUAAUACGCAGUGACAAGGAAGUAAAAAUACGCACAUUAAAGGAUCAACAGGUCAGCUGUACAGGGAAGCUCCAGCAAACAACUGGGUUGAUUCAGUUCUGCAUUGAGGCGUUAAAAGAGACUGAUAGUGCAGCAUUUCUUCAGGUCGGUUCGAUGUUAAUUAACCGCGUCGCCAACACGGACAUGACCUGGCACCAGGAGGUCACGAAUGCGGCGCCUCGCGUAUCGCCAAUUAUCGAUCUCACGCUCGACGACUCGUCAGUAAUUCGCGCCAUCGAUAAUCUCAACUUCAUUCAGAUGAAGCCCGCCAAGGAAGGCGAGGAACGGCUCCCGGCAGUACCCCUUGCGCCCGUCAUCAUUCCGGAGGACUGCUCGGCGGAGAACAACUCCGUAACUGUUGCGUGGCAGGCGCCCAGUCACUCGUUCGUCCAAGGAUACGUGCUGGAGCUGGACGAUGGCAGCGGUGGAGAGUUCCGGGAAGUCUAUUGCGGCAAGGAAACAAUAUGUACCGUCGAUGGACUGCACUUCAAUUCCAUGUACAAUGCACGCGUUAAAGCCUUCAACAACACCGGCGAGGGUGAAUAUUCAGAGCUUAUCGGAUUACAGACAGCAGAAGUUGCCUGGUUUGCGUUCGACUCCGUUCUCAGCGGUGGCCCUUGCUCCGGGUUGAACUUCUCCAGCGACAACCAGACCGUGUCGGCCGACGGCUGGGAACACCGGGUGGCCCUCGGAUCAGUUGGGUUUUCGCGUGGCGUCCACUACUGGGAGUUUACCAUCGAUAAGUACACCGCCGACACGGACCCGGCCUUUGGCGUGGCUCGUCUAGAUGUGGCCCGCGAUAAGAUGCUCGGAAAAGACGACAAAGGGUUCGCAAUGUACAUCGAUCGGCAGCGGUCUUGGUUCCAGCACAACAGCGUGCAUGAGCGUCGCGUCGAGGGCGGUAUCUCGACGGGAAGCACGGUUGGAGUGCUGCUGGACUUGGAACGACACACCCUUCACUUCAUAGUCAACGAGAUGCCGCAGGGCUCGGUAGCGUUCCGCGAUCUGUACGGGGUCUUCUAUCCCGCCGUCAGCGUCAACCGCGGUGUCACUCUGACCCUGCACACUGGGCUCGAUGCGCCCCACAUGGACUACCACUAG